AUGCUGUUCAAGUUCAAACAAGCAGGAUCCGAUUUCUCCACCGUUCACCGUCGAGAACUGGGUGGAAACGCGUCGAUCGACGGCCAAUGGGCGUGCUACCGGAGACCCACGAGCCCGGAACCGAUCCGCAUCGGGCCAUUGAGAUGGAUUCAGGGUGUCGGAGAUGAUGGUGAAAACACGAAGUCGACGCCACCAAACAGCGCAUACACGCAGACUCGCCAGGGGAGCUCCUAUUUCAGUAGAAACAGACAGGGUAAGCACCUGAUCGAGCACUCGAUCCACCCCACAGGCAAACGUAACCGCCAAGGCGGCAGUCGUAACGCGUCUCUUGGCAAAACCCACAGCAGAUGGGAACCAGAGCCAAGUUAG